AUGAAUCCGAGGCUCCAAUGGCUUCCAUGGCUUUAUGGGACCACAGAUUGUUUUGGACUGUUCAGUGCAGGGAAGUAUGAGCGGACUGAGUGCAUCCGACAAAGCCCAUACCAUUACCUGGGAUGCUUUGCAUUUGACAGGGGCUUGUCAGAAAAUUAUUACUUCCCAAUUACUUCCCUGGGCCUGAGGCAGUGCAGGGCUGCUAUAAAAGGCAGCCCAGCUCUCUGCUCUCUCAUCCACUUCUCUUGUCUCCUUCUCCUUGGGAAUCAGGUGAACAUCUCUUCUAGAGCCAUGUCCUGCUGCCAGCCCUGCGGCCAGUCCUGUGGCCCAACCCCUCUGGCCAGCAGCUGCAAUGAGCCCUGUUGCAGGCAGUGCCAGAGCUCCAUCGUUGUCAUUGAGCCCUCCCCCGUGGUGGUGACCCUGCCCGGACCUAUCCUCAGCUCCUUCCCACAGAACACCGCCGUGGGCUCCUCCACCUCUGCUGCUGUUGGCAGCAUCCUCAGCUGUAAUGGAGUGCCCAUCAACUCUGGCUGCUGUGACCUCUCCUGCAUUUCCAGCUGCUACAGAUGCCCCCCUGCUAAACAUCCUGGCAAUGUCCCUGGCAAGAACCUCUCACAGCCUCAGGACGUAGUGCUGGGCACAAGAUAG